AUGUUUUUGUCCUGUGGAUUGCAGGCAAAAUCAGCACAUGAUGCCAUCGGUGCUGCACUCCUGAAGGUGAGGGAGAAGGAGACCUCCGCUGAGUCCCUUCCUCCGGACUCCGUGUCUCCAGCGCCAAGUCUUGGGCUGUCCGAAGGCGCAGGCCUUGCGCCGUCGCCGGACAAGGCAGCCGUCGACUCCACCGGCGCCGGCGCCUCCGUGACUCCGAGCCUUUGGCCGGAAUCCGAUGUCGCUCAAAGCGCGCGAAUCGCCGCUGAGCCCCACCGCUUCGCGGCUGCCACCGUGCCACAGAUGAAUGCACCCAGUGCCUCAAAUUCAGUGCCCUCGCUGCCUCUGGGUGCGACGCCGGAGGCGCCAACCCUGGAGGUGCCUGCGGCACCAUCCGGAGAUGGUCAAGGGUUCCAGCAGGCUCCUGCAGCUUUUGCAGAGGACCCGGCAUUGAAUGGUUCGGCUCUGUCCAUCCAGCAGCAGAUGCUGUAUAUGAAGCAGUAUCAGCAACUGUUGGUCAACGGAUACGACGGAGCGUUGUCAGCUACAUCAGCUCCUUCGUGUCCUGCUGUAGCUUCCAGUGUGCCUGGCUUCCACAGCAGCACAGUCGAUGCUGGAAACGCUCUGGCCGAGCUCAACUCUUUGGAGGAGCGGGUGCGAGAAGCGGAGGACAAGGUGAAGCGAGCAGCCGCACAGUCUCAUCACUAUGUCGGCUUCAUAUCCAAGUUUGACACUCUGAAGGGCUAUGGCUUUGUGUCGUGCUCGGAGACCUUCAAGCGCUUCGGUCGAGACAUUUUCAUCGACAGGGAGUCAUACCAGGGAGCGAGAAUUGGCGACACCGUGGUUUUUUCUGUCGGCUUCAACAAGAAGGGCGAGGUUCGCGCAUGUGACGUACAGAAAUUGAACGAAGUGACGAGACUGAAGCAGGAGUUGCAGCAAAAGAAGCAGGCGUACAUGACCAGUGUUUCAAGGUCUGGGAUGAACGUGCAGUCAGCGCUGGAACUUAUUCAGGGUAAGAGACCGGCUCCAGGAGAAAUUACUGAUGCGCCAAGCUUCAAGCGCUUUGCGACGUAG